CUGUUCGCGGUACGCAGUCCAGUCCGCAGUCCAGUCCACUCCAGAGUGUAAUGUAAAGUAAUCGAUUCGAUUUCCCGGAACUGGCGUGCAUCGUUGUGCUUCCUUCUGGACUAAAACCCGAUCCCCAGAGCUAUAUUCAUAUUGUUCGUAAAAAGAUACUUGAUAUCGUCAGCAAAUUGUAGAGAAUGGCAGAUAGCAGUGUGAACACUACUGGACAAGGCUCUGAUGACGUAAAGCUAAAGGUUCAGCACCCAUUCUCUGAGCCUUGGGAUGAAAGUGACGUCAUACUUGUGGUUGAAGAGCAGGAGUUUCACGUCCAUAAGUUCAUACUCAAAAUGGCGUCUCCAGUUUUCAAGGCGAUGUUUGAGCACGUAAAGGACAGCAAACCGAUCCAACUGCCAGGAAAGAAGUUCAAUCAGGUCCUUGAUCUGAUGAAUCACAUUUAUCCCACUUCAAAUAACAGCUCAAUUACGAUGGACAACGUCGAACAUCUCAGCGCUUUGGCCGCGGAAUACCAGAUUAAAGCUGUCACUAACUCCUGCUUCGAUUACCUGAAAGGAUUAGAGAUGGGUGUAGAUAACAUCAGCUUGAUUAUACAUCUCCUUCUUACGUAUCACUCUGAGCGUCACGAAGAAAUAGAAAGCCAGGUUUCCAAAGCAUUCAACGAGAUGAGUUUGACAGACAUAAAGAAUUUGCCUAAAGCUAAGGAGAUAAUGAUAAUAGCGAAUCCGUUGGUAAAGAGAAUGGAGAAACUGGAGGAUUGGGUCCGUUACGUCCUACCUCGGAUUAUCGACAUGAUGGGUAUGUAUCGACUUGAUCAAAAAGAAUUUGAGAAACAUGGAUCGGUUGGAGGGAGAUGUUAUUAUUCCAAUAGACUCGAUGGUUAUGAUCGUGCUCGUCAUGUCCUCAUUACCUGUGAUGAGUGCCGGAAUAACAUGUCUGCACAUCCAGGUGUGUCGAGGUGUCUAAAGAAAUACGGCAACACAAGUCUUUUACGCCGAAUGGAGGAUAUUGUCGAAUACAUUCGUUAACAACUACGACCUUCCGCACACCAAAAUAAUUGCAUGCAGUGAGCAUGCACAAAUCACACAAAAAAAAUCACCACGAAAAAAAUUGUAGAAAUUUUUAGAUGUUUAAACGAUGUUUGCUUAGGCAGCGGCGUAGCCAGGAUUUUUAACAGGAGGGGGCCCAAAAGGCUCUUUCAACGCAAUUUCUCCUGUGUUUUAGAUAAUGUCUUAUACAUUUAUUGUAUAGUGGCCCCCUUGGUCCCCCCCCUGGCUACGCCUCUGUUAGGUGUUUUGUAACCAGUUAAAAUCAUAAAUUUACCUACGGCGACAUUAUACAACUAUUUUCACGGGUAACUAUUAAAUAAUAUCGAUUGGCGUGAUUGAAAAUACUGUUUUAUUCAUUAUUUGCUUUCUUUUAUCAUUCCACACUUGCCAUAACCCCUAAAAGCAAAGUGAGCAAUGAGCACGCGUCGCGUGGAAUUUUCCUCACCGUGUGCGCCGGGCUUUACAACUCAUUUAAAACCACACAAGUAACAAAGGCUGAAAGUAGUGCUUGCAUAUUUUUGACAAUCAUUUAUAAUAGAAUAAAUAAUGAAAUUUAUACAGCUUGUUUAUAAAGUACAAUGUAAAAUGCAGGCAGAAUGGAGACUGAUGCUGUGAAAGGUCAUCCUGUUGCCAUUGUUUUACGGCUUCUUGGAGCGACACAACCUUCUCAUCCCUCAAGCAUUGCUGGUAAAAUAAAAAGGCCACUGUUAAGAGGAUUGUAUACUUUUGCCGAGAUUAUCAGUGCUUUUAAAAUACAAAUAUAAUGCAGGAAUACUUUGUCAAACAUCCUUUUUUAAAGAAUUAUGAUUUGCGUGCGUAAAAUAAAGCAUCCUUUUUUGCAAGUA